AUGGCUAAUGCCGUCUUAGAUAGAAGAGAUGAAAAUAGCUAUUCAUAUAUAUAUACACCUCGUCGAGCAUCAUAUACCCUAAAUCGAUAUCGUCCACAAACCAUCAUUCCGCGUCAAUGUGAAACACCAGUACUGAAAAAUGGCUCUGUUCGAUUAAGGCAACGCGGAAAGCUUAUUCGUUAUCUAUGCCUACCACAUUUCACUUUAAUUGGUGACAAAUAUUCAUCUUGCGUUCAGGGUCAAUGGGAGAAUCCUGUGCCGAUGUGCAUAAAGCCCGGUUGUCCAGUAGUUUCGCCUCCCGAAAAUGGUUUUACAGUUGUCGAUAAAAAUGGAGCGUUGACAAUGUUAUUUUGUCGACCAGGAUAUUCUGUUGCUGGUAGCCAAGAGACGUUUUGUAAUGGCACUGCAUGGGAUCGAUCUUUAGGAAGUUGCCGCGAAACCCAAGCAAGUCCGGCUAUGAGUUGUGACUUCGAAGUAAGCUCGAUUUGUGGGUGGGAGCCGGAUCCUACUCACGAUUUCGAAUGGACACGGAAAAAUGGAUACACAUCUGUGAAACAAACACAAACUGGACCACAACAUGAUCACUCUGUUGGUAUUCCAUUAGAGGGACAUUUUAUGCUGGCAACUUUUGCAAAUCAAUCACCCAAUUCUGUGGCUCGGUUACUUUCGCCACUGUAUCCAGCUUCUGCUAGUAAAGAUGCAUGUUUCCGAUUUUACUAUCAUAUGUAUGGAGCUAUAACAGGAGCUCUUCGAAUUUACAUAAAGCCUGAAUCCCUUACCUUAGCCGAAAUGAUGGAAUCAUCAAAAUAUCUUUACAUGGAGAAGAAUGGUUCAUACGAAAAUGCGUGGCUGGAAUCAGUUUUUGAAAUCGAUGAAUAUGAUCAGGACUUUCAAAUUAUUAUUGAAGCAACAACAGUUCGCACGACUCGAAGUAACAUAGCUAUUGACGAUGUUGCUUUAUUAAGCGGUGCUGAUUGUGCCAACGAAGAAUUCAAAUCAACCGCUGUUACUCCAGAAGAAGGUGGCAUUUUCGAUGCCCAAUCUUGUGUUAAUCGAUGCCAGGAGACAUCGACGUAUGCACGAUAUGUGACUGAGCCAACAUUAUUAAGUUCAAAUACAAUCGUCAACACAUUACAGUGUGACUGUUUCGACGGUUGUGUGGAUAUGAAGUCAUGUUGUUUGGACUAUCAAAGCGUCUGUGUUUUUGAUUUUUCGACUUUUUCAACUGAUACAGAAUUUGUCACAGAAGUAGCUACAGUCACUAAUGCUCUUCUAAGAACUACUUCCGUUUUGUCCACAUCUUCUUCGACAGUUUCAACACCUAGUACGCCAUCGACAUCAACGCUCAAGACUACUUUAACACCUGUUCCGACAACCACCGUAAUUCAAACAACGAAAAUCAUUCCAACAACUAAGACCAUUCCUACUACCACUUCGAAACCAAUUUCAACGACUAAGAUCACCCCAACAACUAAGACCGUUCCUACAACCAAGACCAUUCCUACAACCAGGGUUAUUCCUACAAUCAGGACCAUUCCGACAACUAAAACCAAUCCUACAAGCAAGACCACUCCGAUAACCAAGGUGAUUACUCCAACUACUUCCAUUCCAAAAAGACCUACUAAGCCAACUGUUCAAAAUACUUUGCCUAAAAUAACGAGUACAUCUAAAACACCCAUGUCGAUGGUUACCACUCCUACAGCAACCAAAAAAAUUGUAACUGUUUUACCGACUACUCACCGCGUCCCAGUUGUCCCAACUGGGAAAUAUACAAAAGAAGUGACUGAAGGAAAACCGACAAAUGGAAAUAAUGAUGAAUGGCAUGCUCUGAACGACCCAACAGACACCGAUCCAUUGCCUACAAACCUAAUCAAUGUGUUCGGAAUUUUAUUAUUAAUAAUAGCAACGAUCGUAGCAUUGUCGAUCAUGUCCUUCAAAUUUUACCAGUACCAUCAGAAACGUCGCUUUAACUAUAAAUCAAAAUCCAAACGAUAUUCUGAAGACGCCAGCGAUGAGGUAAGAUUUUUAACCGCUGACGAACAGUUAGAUUUUACAAUGCAAACGGAAGAUUGCUAUCGGUAGAUGUUACAUUUUUUGUAAGGUUACGCUAAUUUGAUGUUUUGAUUAAAAAGUGACUAGCUUUUGUCCUUGUUCCUGAA